AGGGUUUUUUUUUUCUCAAAAUCUCUCCACCUUUGAGCUUUUGCCCACCUUUGGACUCAUCAUGAACAUUAAAUCUAACGCCCUUGCAACAACACCUGUAAUACCAGCCCACCUGACACAGGCCCAGCCUGGUGAUCUUUGAUCACUGUGUGUAAGCAGGAAGUGAGGGAAUAUUGAGCAAAACGCCGCAUGAGAAAGACUUGCUCCCUGCUUUGUGGUGAAGAUCGGUCAUAAUGUCACUGGAUCAAAGCUGAAAGGUUUGAAUUGAUCUGUUCUUCCUGUCUUGGAACACCGUAAAAGAAAAUAAGACCUAAGUUGGAAAAUGUUGGGAAACUCUCGUCCCUUCUCUUACUCACCAAGGGGUUUCAAACCAGAGGAGCUUCCUCAAUCCAGGUGGGCUUUCCAACAAGAUGACUACAGGGGGUCCUCACCGAAGAGCUCGGAGAGAAGCUUAUCCAGGCCUACUGGCAAAUCCAUAUACAUGCAAAGAAAAGAAUACUCAGAGGUGCUCAACAGGCAGCCUGACAACCUUCACACCAGAGUGGAGCACGUGCUGACCUGCGAGCUGGACGGCCACCAGGUGAUCACAGUGGACGACUGCGUGGCCAAGGUCAAGAAACUGGACGCCAAAGGUCGUCUGUGGCCUCAGGAGAUGAUCAUGGAGGUCCAAGGAGGAUACCUUGUGCUCUGUGACACCCAAACCAAGGCGGAGCUGGAGGUUGUCCCCGUGACGAACAUCCAGCAGACCAAAGUCGUGUUGGACAGCUGCUCUUAUGACUCACUGCUGAUGGUGACUGCCAGGGAACGCAGCAAACGCUUCCCUCAGGUCUUCAUCUUCCAGUGUGAAGAGACUGGGGCAGAACUCCUAAAGAGUGAUCUAGACAAGUGUGUCCAAAAAGAAGGUGGCCAAGUGGAACCACGCUUUGACCAGACAGUUCAAAGAAGUAACAGCGAGAAUACUAUCGGGCUUCUAUCUCCUGGAAGUUUCCAGCAAGAAAGACCUCACCAAUCAUCACUACCGCCUCCAGGGCGCCCUCUACCACAGUGGAAUGACAGAGAACCUGACAGUUUCCAUCAGGCUGGACCUCGUUUUGGACCGUGGGAAAGAAAUCCACAGCGGUCGGAGCGCCCUCUGCCACAGUGGACUGACCCAGAACCUGAAGACAUUCCUCCUCCUAGCUACUACGUCCCCAAACAGGAAGCAGCGUACCGGCGUGACAUUGGCGGCUCCCAUGGCCGAGCAGAUGUGUCGGAGCAGACGGAUGUUGGCAGGAAUGCGGACAUUUUAAACCACGUUUUGGAUGAUCUGGAAACCUUCAUAGGGAAAGUGUUUGCUGCCACAGACGUGACUCCCCCCCAGCAGAGUGACAGAAGCAAAAAGAAAGGCGUGUUUAAGAAGAAAAGCUCCAGGAGCACAGCUGCCCCUCUGCCUCCCACUCAGGAAUUUGUCUCCUGUCUUCAGAAAAUAAAAUAUGGAUUCAACCUGUUGGGACAGCUGCAUGGCUCUCUGUCCAACCCCAGCUCUCCUGACUAUGUCCACAUCUUAUUUACCAGUUUAGCCACAAUCCUGCCUCACUACCACGCACAGUUGCCGCCCACAGUGGUCUCCCCCUUGCUGACGGAGGCAGCCCUGAGGCUGCUCAGGCAGGUGGUCAGCCCGGAGGAAGACCAGCUCUGGAGGUUCCUGGGAGACAGCUGGAACAUCCCCAGGUCUCGGUGGCCCGACGACGUCCCGCCUUACCUCCCUGAGUUCUAUGGCGGCUGGCAGCCACCUGCGCCCCACAAGCCUGCCCAGCUUCCUUACCAAAAUGACCACAUGAGCAGGACCAACAGCCAGCGGUACCCACCCGGGGAACCCCCUGGGUACAUCCGAGAAGGUGGCGAGCUAAUGCGAGUCAUGUAUGACAUUGUGGCUCGAAACAACCGUGAGCUCACCGCCAUGAAGGGUGAUGUGGUGGAGGUGGUACAAAAGUCUAAGCAAUGGUGGCUGGUACGCAACCAGCAUGGGGAGAAAGGCAACAUUCCUCAGAAUGUUCUGGAGCCCAUCAGGAGGGGGAUACCAGUGGAGGACAUGCGAUCGUCCCGCGGGCCAGCGUCUCUAAACAUGACGUCCUCGCCUGCAGAGGUGCGAGCAUGGCUGCAGCACAAAGGCUUCUCCAAGAUGACUGUCACCAGCCUCGGGGUGCUGACGGGUAAAAUGCUGCUGCAGAUGGGCAAGGACGAGAUGAGGAUUGUGUGUCCGGAAGAAGGAGCCAAGGUCUUCUUCCAGCUGCAGGCCAUCAAAUCAGCCAUUGCACUGGCCAGUGAACCCUCAGGCCUGUAUGAUGGACGCUACUAACGACCAGACUUUCUUCUCCAUUGUCAUUCUGUGGACAUUCCUUUCCAUUUACAAUUAUUUAUAUAGCAAACAAACUUGUUGUGUUGUGUACAAUUAUUAAAAGCAUGUUAAUAAAAUAUACUCAUUUGAUCAUAAACAUAAUUUGGAAUACUUUCAAGCUUUUUUUCCAGUUAUAUAUUUUCAGUAUUUCAAGUUAAUUGUGAGAAAGAAGUAAAAAUAAAGACACAAACUGAGAAAUAUUUUAACUUUAAUGUGCUCAAUGUGAAAUUUAAAGUAAAUUAAGUGCUAGAUAUCCAUUCUCAAAUAAUUAGUACCACCUUUUGGAGACAAGAUAAUAGAACUAAUUGAGCCAUUGAGGAAUGACAGCUCAUCACUUCUUUACUCCUUCUUGUUGCCCCAUUUGGCCAUCUUGUUGUUGACCGGGUUCUUCAGGAAUCUUUUAGACUUCAUGUAGUCCGCAAUCUUCUCCUGAGACUGCAACGCAAAUAAAACGUCAGAAUAAUUAUUAUACAUAUUGCCUGUCGUGAUGCACCGAUAGGAGGAAGAGAGAAGGACUUGGCACUUCCUAAAAGACUGCUCUCACCUCAAAACGAGUAAGGAGGUCUUGGAGGUUCUUGAAUUUAUCCAGGCACGUGCUGUGAAACAUCCUGUGUUGGUCCAACAACUCGUACAUGAUGAAGUCCACAAACGUGAUCUUGUACCCAGAAAACCAUUCAUAUUUAGUUAAAACUUGUUAUUUUCCAGUAUAUAGCAACCCAAAAAAAAACUACCUUGUCACCAGCAAACCACUUCCUGUCCCCCAAGAAAGUGGAAAACCGCUGCAGUACAUUAGGGAGCUUCUCCAGGUAUCCUUGCUUCAUCUUGUCCUGAUGGAGAGAGAAUUGUGUGACUUUUAAAUCAGGUUCAUUUGUAGGAAGGUCCAAUAUUCAGUAUUGGUUGAUACCGACAUUAAUCCCAUCAUAGUAAAUACUUUUACUUUGUAGUAUGAAAUGUUGGAAAAAGGUCAAGGGAUUUUUUUCAGGACAAUGAUAGGUUUUAGGGAUUGGCCGAUAUGUUUUUUUGUUCCAGGACCGAUACCAUUAUUAGUUGUCAAGGAGGCCAAUAAUCGAUAUUUGGAGCCGAUAUGAAUUUGUAGUAAAAGUUAUUCAAACAUGAACAGUAUGUCAGUAAACAGCUGAACAAAGCUUUAAGUGGUUUUUUGAGGAAAGUAGCGACAUAAUGUUGUGGUUAGUUUAGCACCAAACAAUAUCAGGGGAUCUCACAAACACCUUUAUUACUUGUGUCUAAGUGGAGAAUCAUUAU